UUUGGGGGCUUUGGGAAUUGUGGCCUUGCCAGGGACCUGCUGUGUGUGCAUAGAGAUGGAACAGAUUAACAAUUGCCUGCAUUCGGAGAAAAUCUGCAUUCUUCCCAUCCUGGCCUGUCUGCUGAGUUUAGCCCUCUGCACAGCUGGCCUCAAAUGGGUCUUUGUGGAUAAGAUCUUUGAGUACGAACCACCCACACACUUAGAUCCAAAACGCAUCGGACAGGACCCUAUUAUCAUAUCAGUUAGCCCCACGCUGGGACUAACUGUGUCAAUUCGUCAUUCAUCUCCGUCUUUUGUCUCCUUGACCACCGCCAUUACCCCAGGACGUCCUGAUGUUUUAAUGGAAGAGAAAUCAACACGAGGGGCGUACGUGCCCCAGUCCCCACGAGUGACUCACUCUGAUCCCUCUGUUACACUGAAAUACAACGCCGAACGUCCCACCGUCCCAAAGCAGACUCCCCACCCUCAGACAACACAGGAAUUAAACGACAUCAUCAUCCCAACAAUCUCUUCCACCACCACCACCACUACAGCCAAGACCUCCAGUCAUGUGACACGCUGCAGUGACAGUCGGAGGAACUACUGUGUUAAUGGAGGGGAGUGCUACACCUUUGAAAUCAUGCCAGGCAGCACAAAUUUUCUUUGCAGAUGCUUGGCGGGAUUCACUGGGCACCGAUGUGAACAAGCUGUGCUUAAGAAUGUCUCAGACCAAAAACCUGAGGAGCUGUAUCAGAAACGCAUUUUAACAAUAACAGGAAUCUGCAUUGCACUCCUAGUCGUUGGAAUCAUGUGUGUGGUUGCUUACUGCAAAACAAAGAAGCGGAGGAAGGAGCUCCAUGACCGUCUGAGACAGAGCCUGAGGAAUAAGAGGAACAACACUGGUAUUGGCCCCAACCUGGCAAGCUCAGCCAGAGGAUGUCAGAUUUCUAACUUGCCUCUUCAAGAUUUGCAGCCUAACAAUCAAUGUAAUGGGACAACUUUGCAGCAUGCAGCUGAGAGGGAGACAGAAACAACCUUCUCCACAAGCAAAAAUACUUUUUCUGCGCAUGAACCCACAACAUUCACCCACAUCUCUAGCCAAAGGUUUGUAUCUGCCAUGACUACCCCGGUGUCACGGACCUCUCCUGCAACUCCAGGGUCUCCUCCAUCAGAGAUGUCAGCCCCCCUGUCCAGCCUGGCCAUCUCUGUCCCCUCAGUGGCUUUAAGUCCCUCUGGUGAGGAGGAGUGCCCCCUGCUGUUGUCUAACACACGUCAGUCCUUAAGCCGAGAUGAACAGAAGAGGACCUCUGCACACUACAACCAUGGCCAUGUGGCACAUAGCUUACCACCUAGCCCACUGUUUACUAUGAAGAAUGGUUAUGACCAAACCAUAGCUGACCAUGACACCACAGCUGUCAGCCAUAUGUUCUCAGCAUCUCAUGAAAAGCUACUUAAUACAAACAACAACAUCAACAACUGCAGCACCAAUAGCGUCCUUAAUGGCCAUGUGCUGCAUUAUAUGGAGUCCAGUGGGGACAGAGUGCUAGUGAUCGAAACAGAGGAGCCUCAGGGGGAAUACACACCCUUCCUUACGACAGAUAGCACGACAACCCUGUUGCUCAGGGCUAUAGACAGCGGCAGGACUAACCCAGCAUCACCAAAAGAUGACCUGCAAGACAAGUCAUCCAGUUCCACCACCAAACAAGAUCCAGUUGCUGUGUAAAGUAAAAAGAAAUCGCUGCAAAUCCUUUUAUGUUGAGGAAAAAAAGGAAUAGUCACUAUUAAACCUUUAUUUUCUAUAAAUUAUUUGCUGUGUAAAGAUAAAUGAAAAAUGAAACUUUUAUUUUAGUGAUGUAGUAAAUAAAGAGUUUUAUAAAAAAUGUACAAAUGUGCUCAUGUCUCGUAGGUAAAGUGCCAUACACUAGUAUGUAGCAACAGUUGACAGUAUAAUUCAGUGCAGAAAAAAUAUCAAUGGUGCCUUUCUGUUUAGUAUGCUUAUUAAGGGAACUGCAACAUUGCAUACUGGGCCAUAUAUUCACCAUCCUAAUCUUCCAGUUAACAAUCUAAAGUAACUUGCUGGCUGCUUUUAACGUCCUGCAGUUGGAAGUGCCCACUGACACGACAGUUUGAUAUUACAUUUUUACGAGGUGCAUGUUAUGUCCUUAAAUGCUGUGAUGGAAUAAUGAGCAGUUUAUGUGGCUUCCUCUCCAGUCAUUUGACCUGAUACUGAACUUCAACACCUGGACUGAUGUUCAUGAAUAAAUGAUUAAUCGGCUCAUUACCUGCAUUUGAUGAGAGAUUGAGAAGAUGGUUUUAUUUAUCACUCUCUAAUCCGGAAUCCUGCUGGUGAACGAUUAUUAUAACUGUUAGAUAAAGGUGCAAUCACUAAAGUCUGGCUCUGUAGUGUUACUAAUACUGUCACUUAUAUGCUUAACAUAACCCCGUAGUUCUUUUCUUUUUUUAACAAAUUCUAUAUUGGGAUUUGAUCUACAUAUUUCAAGUUUACUAUUUAUAUGUUUAAUGUUUAGGGACUCACAAAAAAAACAGAAAGAAUAGUCAUUGACACAUCAGAGGCCUCAAUAUCCUGACUUUAAGUACAGAGUAUGAGUCAAGCUCAAUGCUGGAUCCUACAUUUCCUAUAACGCUUGAAAGUAUCUCUAUGCUGGCAGGUAUCCACAUUUUCAGAGUGCAAACUGACUCCGAUAAGGUGGUGCCAUCAGAGAAAAUAACUACUAGCAUGAAGACCAGCAAUGCUCUAUUUCUUCAAGAGAACACUUCAAUUACUUGUGCCGUCCGUCACCAGUAGGAUAUUACUGAUUGCAUCUUAAAAUGCAAGAAUAUCUACAAAGUGUGUACUGAAUGAAAGACUGAAUAUAUGGCUCGUUUUGUCUCUCUUGAAGACAUCCAUAUGUUCCUGAGUAAUGCAUUUUGGUUAACAUGCUUUAAUUGUUCAGUGAUAUCUCUGGUAUGAUAGACAUUGAUAUUUUUCCAAAUUCAACUUAAAUUAAAUAUAGAAAAAAAAUAAAUGCCAUACACACAGUAUUCACUUCAACUACCCCAGCUUGUGUUCACAUGUGAAGUCUACUUGUAUGAUUGUGUGUUUUGUAUGAUUGAGUAAUUUAAAAAAAUAAACAAAGUUUUGACAAUGUCUGCUAACAUGAAUAUAGUUUGUGAAAAUCUGCCAAAGACUGUCACCACUUCUAGACUCAGAUCUACAAAAAGUUAAUUAAAAUAACGAUUAUUGGGCUCUGUAAUCAACCAUGGUUUCCUAAAAUGUAUGUAUGUAGAAUCAGCAGCGUAGCAUAUGAGUAUGUAUGAUGACAUAGACAUGCUGCUCCAUGAUAAAUGUUUUAAUGGUGGCCAUACUUCUGUAUUUUAUAUUUACAUUAAGAUUGUUUAUUAUUUAUUUGGUAAUUCUUGCUCAUUACAAGCAUUAAUUACUGAUUUUAGUAUAUACAUUUAUAUUUCAACAAACAUGAUUUAAAGGUAUAAAAUAUAUAGCCAUCUGUCACAUGGUUAUUAAUAUGAAAUAGAGAAUAACUACUUGCAUAUUUUGUCACUUGUAUGCUUAACAUAACUCAAUGCAUUGCUUUUAGGUUUAGGAGUGUCUUCAAAUGAUGUAAAUACACCAUGAAAACCUUCA